GAGAAGAAGGUCAAGAGGCUCCGGGCGGGUGUUUUGUGACAAAGGCAAGACCCCAGGUCUGCUUAGAGCGAGGCAGGUAAAGGAGGCAGCCAGGUGGGCCCCACGCCGCUGGACAGUAUGGAUUAUAAAUCAAGCCUGAUCCAGGAUGGGAACCCCCUGGAGAACCUGGAGAAGCAGCUGAUCUGUCCCAUCUGCCUGGAGAUGUUUACCAAGCCGGUGGUCAUCUUGCCAUGUCAGCACAACCUCUGCCGGAAGUGUGCCAACGACAUCUUCCAGGCCGCAAACCCCUACUGGUCCAGCCGGGGUGGCUCGAUGUCCAUGACUGGAGGCCGUUUCCGCUGCCCGUCCUGCCGCCACGAGGUGAUCAUGGACCGCCACGGAGUGUACGGCCUCCAGAGGAAUCUGCUGGUGGAGAACAUCAUUGACAUCUACAAGCUGGAGUGCUCAAGUAGGCCCCUGCAGAAGGGCAGCCACCCUAUGUGCAAGGAGCACGAAGAUGAGAAAAUCAACAUCUACUGCCUCACGUGUGAGAUGCCCACAUGCUCCAUGUGCAAGGUGUUUGGAGCCCACCAGGCCUGUGAGGUGGCCCCGCUGCAGAGUGUCUUCCAGGGACAAAAGACGGAACUGAGUAACUGUAUCUCCAUGCUGGUGGCGGGGAACGACCGCGUGCAGACCAUCAUCACUCAGCUGGAGGACUCCAGUCGAGUGACCAAGGAAAACAGCCACCAGGUGAAGGAAGAGCUGAGCCAGAAGUUUGACGUGCUGUAUGCCAUCCUGGAUGAGAAGAAGAGUGAGUUGCUACAGCGGAUCACGCAGGAGCAGGAGGAGAAGCUCAGCUUCAUUGAGGCCCUCAUCCAGCAGUACCGGGAGCAACUGGACAAGUCCACCAAGCUGGUGGAGACAGCCAUCCAGUCUCUGGACGAGCCUGGUGGAGCCAUCUUCCUCUUGAGUGCCAAGAAACUCAUCAAAAGCAUUGUGGAAGCUUCCAAAGGUUGCCAGCUGGGGAAGACAGAGCAGGGCUUUGAAAACAUGGACUACUUCACUUUGGAUUUAGAGCACAUAGCAGACACCCUGAGGACCAUCGACUUUGGGACAGAUGAGGAAGAGGAAGAGUUCAUUGAAGAAGAUCAGGAAGAGGAAGAGUCCACAGAGGGCAAGGAAGAAGGACACCAGUAAGGAGUUGGAUGAGGAAGAGACCUCUAGAUGCAGAGAGACUGGGAAGGGUGGGAUGGGCCCAGCUGCCUUGGUGACAGGCCCAGGGUGGGAGGGGUCGGGGCCCCUGGAGGGACAAUGGGGAGGUGUGUCUUCUCUCUGCUCCUGAGAGCAGGGACUAGGAGUAGGACCCCCACCGCUGUGUCCAGCAGCCACUGAAGCAGAGUUGGAAAUGUGCUUGAAACAACCACACAGGACACUUUUCUACAUUGGUGCAAAAUGGAAUAUUUUGUACAUUUUUAAAAUGUGAUUUUUGUAUAUACUUGUAUAUGUAUGCCAAUUUGGUGCUUUUUGUAAAGGAACUUUUGUAUGAUAAUGCCCGGUCAUUGUGACUGGUGAUUGUUAGAUAGAGGGUAAUGUACUGUAUUUCAGUGUCUAUUCCUGACAGAGGGGAUGGUAACUGAGUUUGUUAUAUGUUGUUUCAAUAAAUGCACAGUGCUCUCUUCCUGUUAUUGCCAAAGGAG